AUUCGCCCGCCAUGCAUUCUUCGGAGAAUUUCAUCCGUGACUUUACUCAAGCAUCAACAGUCACAAUCUAUACAGAUUUAUACCGUAAACGCACCAGACUUCACAAUAAUAAUGUCGGGAAUAAUGCCCAUGUAUACCCAUAUUUCGACGGAUAAUUGGGAGAUUGUGAGAUAUAUUCUUUGAGGUUACAGGGGAUUACUAAGCCUAUAUAAUUUUUUAAGCAAGUCUUUCGAGUCUGCACCAGGUCGCCAUUUUAGCAACGAAGCAUAGCAGCAUAUAUUGCCGGAAUGGGGAACGAAUGUAGAUUCGGCGGGAUCGAAGUCGAGAUGUGUGAACAGUGGCGAAUAAGGUCGGUCAUUUGCAAAAUCUGCUAGUCCGGAUCGGUGAUCUACAACAAAUCAAACAAUCACCGGUUUUCAACCAUCUAACCACUUCCCCCACAGGCAAGAUGGCAAACGGAAUCAACAGCGAGGCCCAACGGAUUCUCGUCAUCCUCCUCGUCAUCAUCUUUGGAAGUGGAUCUUGGUUGACCGUGUCCGGAGUCUGGAGCGAAAUACCCAUCUUGGUCGCCCUUGGCCUGCCCGAAAAGAACCUGAUCACUUCCUACAUAACCCUUAUCGUUCAAUCUGGACUCUUUGGAGUCUUUAUUUUCUUGUGCUGCAACAGGUAUCUUGCAUCCACUCGCAUCUAUAGACUAGAGAUCCCUGUAACCUACGCGGUCACAUUCAUAGGUUCCAUCGGGUCAUUCUUGCUGAUAUUCUUCUGGAACUCAAAGACGUACUUGUCCGGUGAACCACACAGUGUGUUUUUCCUAUUCAAUGUCUUUCUCGUGUCUUUGGUUGAUAUGAUGAUGAAUACGACAUCAAUGGGAUUCAUUUCUCUCCUGAAACCCGCAUAUUUGAACUGGUUGUGGUUUGGUAUUGGAAUGAGCAGUAUUCUUCCUGCAUGCGUUGUUCUAAUCCAACAAGCAGGCGCUACGUCUACAGAGACAUGUGUCGCCAAUUAUACAUUCCUGAACCAAACUGUGGUCGGGAAUGCGUCAGUAUCAUACAACUGUACAUCUUGGCGCGAAGUGGCGCCAGAAUAUCUCUUCACACCAAGUCAAUAUUUUACCUUUUUGUUCGUGAUGAUGCUUUGUUGUCAUAUCUCAUUCAUUUGUUUGAAUUAUCUGCCUUGCGCCAGACGAGAAUACGCACCGCAGCCGGACGGUCACCAUCUUAAAAAAGAUGGCUGUGGAGGUCUUUUUCAAUGGAACUCAUCUGAUGAUCCUUCUUCCAACGAAGCGAACGAACUUUUGAUUUCGCGCCCAAACAGCCUAUCUGGGCUGGAAUCUGCGAACUCCGAUCAGUCAAAAAGCUGUGAACUGGAAGGAGAGCUUAGGAACAGACAACUUGUGUUUCUCUAUAGUAUGUGCCUUUUGAACAAGUAUAUCCUGUUCGGUACCCUGUCUCCAUUACAGGGAUUUUCUGCCAGUGCGUACGGGAGAGGGACCUACGGCUUGGUGAUGCCUAUCCAUGAAAUAGCAGACGCCCUUGCCUUUCUGCUCUUUUUACUGAAGCCAAUAUACAGCUUCAAAGUGGUGACUGGUACAUUUAUAUUAGGAUUCAUUUCGAGUCUGUACUGCGUCCUUGUGGCGGCAUUGAGUCCAUAUCCUCCAUUUAGCAGCAUAUUCUUUGGAAAAGUACUUAUUGUUGCUGCUUGGAUAGGUGCCGGUCUGUUCCACUCCUACUCCCGCGCGGCUACCUCCUGGAUAUUACGACAUACACAUGAAAGCCGAAAGCAUUUGAUAUUAUCGAGUGCACUCGGAGAGAUCGGUGCGACUGUUGGUGCCAUUGUCAUGUUCAUACUCAUCAACGUUUGCAACAUUUUCGUGGCUUACGAGGACCAAGGGCUGUGUCCGACACACCCAACUUGUAUCAUACUAUGAGAAAAGAGGGGUUUAGUUUUUCAUCAAUAUAGGACGUGCUGCUCAUUGCCACACCUAGGAUUUUUUUAAGUGUCACACUUUACCUUUCUGGACCAGGUCUUGCAUGGAGCAUAUUUUACCUGUCUACUUUUCAUGCAUCUUUCAUAUUGGAAAACAGGGCCAUGGGAACUAUUUUUUACUGGGGAUGCUGAUGUAAAUUUGACCCAAAAAAAAGGGGGGUGCCUCCAAAAUGUUGGUUAUUUUGAUCCCGAGAAAUUUGACAAGCAAAAAAGGGGGAUUGUUUCACUCUUUGGUCCAGAGAAAUUUGACAACCACCCCCCCCCCCCCAAAAAGGGGGGAGGGUUCACUUAAAAAUGUAGGUCAUUUUCGUUUAAUUUCUCCAUUACACCUUCCAGAAUUCCAGGGGGUGUUGCCUAUGGGGAAUAAUACACGCAUAUACAUAUAUAUAUAUAAUUUUUACAGUGCAUCCAAAAACAUGAAAAAGACACUACUGGGCGAUGCAUCACGAUUUCUUAUUUGUUAAGGAUAGGUGUCCAUGCAUGGACUUCAAAAAUGUCCUCGAUGUAUUUUAAUUAUGUUAUAUUAUAGCAUGAUUCUAUCACACAUAAAAUAGUGUAUGGGCUAUUUAGUGGGAAUUAUUUUAUUUCUAAACCAUUCAUGCUACAGAAAGGGCAUUAUUCAAAUGAGUUGCAAUGACCCUUACAUUGUACAUUCAUCACCAUCUUUUUUUAUUCAGUUUUCAAUUCAAAUUCAAUUCAAAUUUAUUUAUUUCACUUUCAUCAAACAAAAACAAAUUGUAUACCAUAUAUAAACAAAUAUUUGUAUCCGUUGCAAAAAAAAAAUUAAUGAUACAUAUGUUGUGAAAAAACACUUAGACAAUUUGGGCAACACAUUGUAGGUUUUAAAUAUGUAUACUAUUUUUCAAUAGAAAUUAAAUUAAGAUGGAAAUGGGGGGACCCACUAAAAAGCAAUGCUUGUACAAUGUGGGCCCCUCAAAAAAUAGAUAACACAACAAAUAACAAAGUAUAAAUACAGAUAAUCAAAUGAGAAAAAAAUACAUGAGAGGGAAAUACUCACAAAAUAAAUACAAAGUUAUUAAAAAUAUAUAGUUUGAUAAAGGACAAAACAACCCGUCCUAAAAAUAUCCACCCUUCCCCACCACACCCCCCCCCCCAGAAAAAGAGAAGAAAAAAGGGGAGAAUGCCCUGAGAAGAUGGAUGGGUGCUGCUGUACGUAGAUAGAACACAUGCCGUCGUGGACUCAAGCAAACUGGAUUUAAUGAUGUGUAUAAAAGGAGGAAAAAAUAUAUAAAAUAACCUGGAAAGAAUAUAAUGCACGAAGAAUGUGAUUGAUGCCGUGAACAAAUAACCGGUAGGAAGGCGGAUAAGCGGACAGGAGAGGAGAAAAAAGAGAGGAUAGACACAAUAAUGUAUGAGGUUCAACAAUGAGCACAUCUGAGAAGGACUUGUGUCAGAUUUUUUUUUUUAAUAAAAAAGGAUAAUUAUUUUAUGUUUUAAUUGUAGUCUUUAAAGUAAUAAUGAUGACUUGUUGAAUUAUGUUACACGUUGAAUUAUGUUACACGUAUAUGACAGAAUAUUGCCAAUUUUGUGGUGCGUUCCAAAGGAUUUAUUACCACCAUAUACACUUUGUAUUUUUUUUUUAAAUCUCAUCAAACUCGUUAUGCUAAAAAUUUUCAUUAACCCAAGAAAACAAAAAAUUUGUCC